AUGGGAAUCCACUCCCUCACACCGUGGGCCGGUUCGUCUAUAUAUUCCCAACCGGGGCAUAUCUGGGACUCCGUCACCGGGAAUCUCGCGGACUUCACCUCUGUCUUCUACUUCUCCGUGAACCGGAGCGGUUCAAUCCUUCACGGAGACGGGUUUGCAUUUUUCAUGGCUCCACUCGACUCUGCCAUCCCUAACAAUUCUACUGGUGGACUCCUCGGCCUUUAUAACCCAGAACCUGCAAUGGAAGAUAAUAGUAACAAUUCGUCUUCUUCCAAACUUCCUGAAUUUGUGGCUGUGGAGUUUGAUAGCUUCGCAAACGAAUGGGAUCCAAAUCCGUUUACUGAGUUCCCUCAUGUAGGAAUCAACGUGAACUCAGUUACGUCGGCGACAACGGUGGGGUGGCCGAGUAAUUACUUCGAGCCAGACGGAGCGAUUGUGAAGGGUUGCGUAAGAUAUGAUUCUGCAGAGAAAGAAUUAUUGGUGAUGGUGAGUUAUCCUGGCGGUAAUAAUGUUAAUGCUGAUUGUAUUUCGCAUGGAAUUGACUUGAGGAGUGUUUUGCCCGAACGGGUCGUAAUUGGUUUCUCGGGUUCAACUGGUGAUUUGGUUGAAGCCAGUGGCAUUCUAUUUUGGUCAUUUAAAUCAUCCUUUUCCAACACCCGACUUUGA